GCGCCUCCCGAUUGGGUGCUGGGGCCGGGUACGUCAGUCAGACUGUGACGUGCAGUCUUCCUGUUUCCUUCAGCUGUGUCUUAAAGUAAAUCUUGUUGGGGAGCGGAGCCCUCAGCUGAGUGAGCUCUCCGAAAUAAUACACCAUUGCAGCCAGGGAAAGCAGAGCGGCGCGAAAGAGCUCUCACUGACUCCUCUCUCCUCCUCCUCCUCUUCUCUCGCUUUUCCCCUCCUUGCUUCUUCUCCUUCUCAUCUUCUCUUGCUCCCUUUCUCGCUGUCUCUCUCUCUUACACACACAUACACACGCUCACCCUCCCUUGUCAAAUUAUAAUAUUCAUCAUCAGCAAGAUACCAGCCUGUGUGUGUGUGUGUGUGUGUGUGUGCGUGCGCGCGCGCGUGUGUUUUCCUCUCUCCACCGGCAAAAAAAAAGAGGCUCAGUUCCAUCGCUUUUGCACCGAGGGAAAAAAAAAUGCAAUUAUUUAAAUGAAUCACAAUAAAAUAAACCCUAAAUGAUUUCUAACCGGGAGCCUCAGUGGGACUCAUCUCUCUCGAGUCUUCCCAGUUCCUGAGAGGUCCCAGGAUUCUUGAGCCGUGCCCAGCUGACAAGCUUUUGAAGAUGGCACAAUAACAGUCCAGUGAUGCCUGACCAUGACAGCACAGCCCUCUUAAGCAGGCAAACCAAGAGAAGAAGAGUUGACAUUGGAGUGAAAAGGACGGUAGGGACGGCGUCUGCAUUUUUUGCUAAGGCAAGAGCCACGUUGUUUAGUGCCAUGAAUCCCCAAGGUUCUGAGCAGGAUGUUGAGUAUUCAGUGGUGCAGCAUGCAGAUGGGGAAAAGUCAAAUGUACUCCGCAAGCUGCUGAAGAGGGCGAACUCGUAUGAAGAUGCCAUGAUGCCUUUUCCAGGAGCAACCAUAAUUUCCCAGCUGUUGAAAAAUAACAUGAACAAAAAUGGUGGCACCGAGCCCAGUUUCCAAGCCAGCGGUCUCUCUAGUACAGGCUCAGAAGUACAUCAGGAGGAUGUAUGCAGCAACUCUUCAAGAGACAGCCCCCCAGAGUGUCUUUCCCCUUUUGGCAGGCCUGCGAUGAGCCAGUUUGAUAUGGAUCGGUUAUGUGAUGAGCACCUGAGAGCUAAGCGCGCCCGGGUUGAGAAUAUAAUUCGGGGUAUGAGCCAUUCCCCUAGUGUGGCAUUAAGGGGCAAUGAAAAUGAAAGAGAGAUGGCUCCACAGUCUGUAAGUCCCCGAGAAAGUUACCGGGAAAACAAACGCAAGCAAAAGCUGCCUCAACAGCAGCAACAGAGUUUCCAGCAGCUGGUUUCAGCGAGAAAAGAGCAGAAGCGAGAGGAGCGCAGACAGCUGAAGCAGCAGCUGGAGGAUAUGCAGAAACAGCUGCGCCAGCUGCAGGAAAAGUUCUACCAAAUCUAUGACAGCACUGAUUCGGAAAAUGACGAAGACGGUAACCUGUCUGAAGACAGCAUGCAUUCAGAAAUCCUGGAGGGGAGAGCCCAAGACUCGGUGGGCCGGUCAGAUACUGAGAUGUGUGAGCUAGAUCCGGGCCAGUUUAUUGAUCGGGCCCGGGCCCUGAUCAGGGAACAAGAGAUUGCCGAAAACAAGCCUAAGAGAGAAGGUAACAAAGAGAAGGACCAGGGGCCCGACUCUCUGCAUCCCGAAGGCAAGCACUUGGCCGAGACCUUGAAACAGGAACUGAAUACCGCCAUGUCCCAAGUGGUGGACACCGUGGUGAAAGUCUUUGCAUCGAAGCCCUCCCGCCAACUUCCUCAGGUCUUCCCCCCUCUCCAGAUCCCUCAGGCGAGGUUCGCCGUCAACGGGGAGAACCACAACUUCCACACCACCAAUCAGCGACUGCAGUGCUUUGGUGAUGUCAUCAUUCCCAACCCCCUGGACUCCUUUGGCAGUGUGCCGCUCCCCAGUUCCACAGACCAAACGGAAGCACUGCCCCUUGUUGUCCGCAAAAACUCAUCCGACCAAUCUGCCUCUGGCCCACCGGCCGGCCACCAUCAGUCUCUCCAUCAAUCUCCGCUUGCCGCCACCGCAGGCUUCACCACCUCUUCUUUCCGCCACCCCUUCCCCCUGCCCCUGAUGGCCUACCCGUUCCAGAAUCCCCUCGGUGCUCCCUCCGGCUCCUACCCUGGGAAAGACAGGGCCUCCCCGGAGUCCUUAGACUUGACUAGGGAGACGACAAGUCUGAGGACCAAGAUGGCAACCCAUCACAUGAACCACCAUCCUUGCUCACCGGCGCACCCGCCCAGCACAGCCGAAAGCCUCUCCCUGUCUCUCAUUAAGUCUGAGUGUGGUGAUCUCCAGGACAUGUCCGAGAUUUCACCUUAUUCGGGAAGUGCAAUGCAGGAAGGUCUGUCGCCUAAUCACUUGAAAAAAGCAAAGCUCAUGUUUUUUUACACCCGCUAUCCAAGCUCCAAUAUGCUGAAAACCUACUUCUCUGAUGUAAAGCACCUUUCAUCCAGAAGGAUCCCAAAGCGCUUUACAAACUGCAUACAUAGGGAUCACUCACCUACCACUGAAAUGCAGCCACCUGGCGGGUGGAAAGCAGCAGCCAUUCUGGGCCAGCAACACUACACACCAGUAGAUUUCAACAGAUGCAUUACCUCUCAGCUCAUCAAGUGGUUUAGCAAUUUCCGUGAGUUUUACUACAUUCAGAUGGAGAAGUAUGCACGACAGGCCAUCAAUGAUGGAGUCACAAGUACUGAAGAGCUGUCUAUAACCAGAGACUGUGAGCUGUACAGAGCUCUGAACAUGCACUACAAUAAAGCAAAUGACUUUGAGCAGGUUCCAGAGAGAUUCCUGGAAGUGGCUCAGAUCACGUUACGAGAGUUUUUCAAUGCCAUUAUCGCAGGCAAAGAUGUUGAUCCUUCCUGGAAGAAGGCCAUAUACAAGGUCAUCUGCAAACUGGAUAGUGAAGUCCCUGAGAUUUUCAAAUCCCCGAACUGCCUACAAGAGCUUCUUCAUGAAUAGAGAUUUCAACAACUCUCUGAAUGUAUGAAAAGUAGAAAGCAGUACCCUUGGAUGCCCAAGUUACGUGUGUCUAAAUUUCCAUUUCAUAUACCUGUGUUUGAACGGCAUAGAUAAGUAUAUGAAAUCAAUCUGUAAUUCCUCAUGGACUUUUUUUGGUGUUGGGGAGGGGAGUAGGGGGGCAGGGAAGGACUAAGUUUCAAGGGGAUAGUUGUUUUACUUCAGCCUUCAGUUGACUCUUGCCCAGGGCCCUUAACAUUUGGAGACUAAAUGGGAUUAAUUUUCAGGGAGAAGAAUUUUGAAGUGUGUAAGGCCUGUUUUAGCAAGGUAGGGCAUUAUGUUUAAAAUGCUUGUCCAAUUUAUUGCUUGCUGUAAAGUGGCAUUUUGUCGUGAGACUAAUGCCAUGGCACAAUACUACAGACAAUGAAGUUUCUAUUGUGUUUUAACUGCUGCAGGUUGGAAUUUUAUGGAACCACUUCAUAAGCUUGAUUAUUUUUCUUGAAAAUUUUUACCUUUUACUAGUAAUGUCAAUUUUCCUUCUUUCAAAAAUGGCAUUUGAGCAACUCGCUCCAAAAAAUGAUAUCCUGGAAGAUCAGAGAGACAAACCUUCAAGCUUUUCCCACUUGGAAUGAUGCCCCAAACUAGUGAUAUAAAUGGCAGUUCUUGUUGAGGCAAAGCAAUUUUGCACAAAACUGAUUCUUACCUGCAGGGUGAGGCUGGUUGUUCAUGCACAAUGUUUUAGAUAUUAACCCUAAUUUUACAAUAUGGUCAGCUUAUUUAAAAAAAAAGCAUUUCACUCUCCACAGAGUAAAACUCUGCUUUUUCCAUCACUUUCUAUUUGCCCUGGUCUUGGUUCAGACUUCAACCAGCAAAGAAGUCUCAAACUUAUUCUUUGUGUGACCUUGUUUUUAAGCAUAAAAAGAUUGGUUUCUAUGUUCAGUAUUUAGUAUUUGGCUCUAAGAUUCAAUUUUCAGAUUCACUUUUUACAGAAAGAAGAAAAAAUUCUGCAAUACCUGGCUGCAGUGAAAGCUUAUUUAUAUUGGUUAAGUUGGAUUAGUCAUUGCUUCUUCAAAAGUAUUCAAGAAUGACCUAUUUUCAUAAUAAUUAAUAAACAAGAAAAAAACUCCCCCGGUCCUGUUGGAGAUACAAAGAGCAGGCAGUCUAAUUAAAUUUCCACUGGAUUGUCAGUGCAGCAAGAAGCAAUUGAUCUGAAUGCUACAGUCUCUUCUAAAGCAGAAGCUAGUGUUGACCAAAAUAUGAGUAGAGUGUACAGUAUAGAAAAGUUUGGAAAAAAAAACCCUGAAAGACACUAUUUCAGCAUAAUGUAAGAAAGCUAGCUGCUAGUUUUUUUGUGCUUUCUUCAAUGGCUCUCUUUUUUUUUUUCAGAGUUCGUAAAGUGUAUAGUGUCCAAUACUUGGGUGUUUUUUUUUAUAUACCAAGACAUUCAUAUUUGUUUUCUUUGACUUUUGUGCAGAUGCAGUAAGAAUUUAUUGUCUGUUUUAGUAUUGUUUAUAUCAUUCUCCCUCUCCUCUUCCACCGACUUACUUUUAAGUCAUUUGAUAUAAACUCCGAAAAUAAUUAAUUAAAAAAUGUUUAGGCCAUAGAGAACAUAAAUAUUGUGUUUCUUUAACUUUUGUUGAUUGCAUUUGACUUUGGAGAGUGAAAGUUUACCCAUGUGACUAAAUAGCUGACCUGAUCACUGCAAUUUCACUUCAUUUACCAAUACUGCUGAUGGACAGAAAUGUAUGAAAGCAAUUAUUGUCAGCACAAAGCCUUAAAAACCUGCUGACUUCAAAUUUAACAGCACAAUUCCUAUGAUGCCCUGUCAUUAUUUUCAAGCCCUGGCAGUAUCUAUGGAGUAUAGACAAUACAGACAAUAGCAUGGUAAGAAGUGCCAACAGUGUCACUAUGCAUCAAACACAAAACAAAUCUUCACUAUCUUAAGCUCCCUUAGCAUACAAACACAGAGACAAUAGACAUGAUUUAAAAAAAAUUAGUUAUGAUUUGGUGACCAUUUCAUUUAAGACAUAUAAAAUGUAGCCAGUUCCAAGUAAAAGAAGAUAAAAACAUGGCCACACAUGAUUUUGUGUGUAGGAGUCGGGGAUUGGUUUAAUGCAGGAGAAAAUGGAUAAAAUGUCUAUUAUCAUACAGAUAGUUCUCUGCUGGUGAAAUAUCAUUGCAACACAAAAAAAUUGAAUUGCCACCUAGGAUACUAAAAAGCAAAGCCAUACUUUACUCAUAUGAGGUGGCCAUAUUACUAUAUAGUUUCCUGAUCUAUGAUGAUAAAACUAUGACUUCACUAUAUAUGGUUAGGGUCUUGUCUUUUCCUGCCCACCUAAACCUAAAAAAGGGAAAUCAGAUUCUCAAAACUAGAUGUUGUUGCAUCCACAGAUUUAUAAAUAAUAUGCUCACAAAAUUCAGGGAGGAAUAGAAAUUAUGAAAUUUCACCAUGAGAAAACAUCUCAGUUCUUUGUUAUGAAAAAUUAUUGUGAUGACUGCAGUUUGGGUGAUUUCUACCCAAGAAGAUCUAUAUUACCCGGUAGCUCCUAGACAUUUACAAAAUGUCCUCAAAACUCUUACUGAAUAGAAAGAGAAAAUCAACAUCUUUCAAAUAAUAUCCUAGAUAUCUCACUAAAAUAAAACUGAUGACCCAGUUAGAAAGCCAAAUCUGAAAUGAUUGAGGGGAGGGAAAGUUUACAGAGGGAAAGGAGUUGGAAGUUCAUGUUGAUAGCCCACAUUGCCAUUCAUUUUCUGCUAGUUUACAUUUAUUUCUGCACACACUCUUGAGGUUAUAGUCUGUGCCUAGACCUUAAAUGCACCAGCGGAAGGAUAUUAAAAAAAAAAUCCUUCAAAAUACCAGUUUUUUCCCACAAGUACAAUUGUUCUUGUGCCUUCUGUGGCUUUCAAUUCAUCUUUUAAAAUUUAUUUCCAAUUACUACAGCUGCAAUAAACACUAGAUUUUUUUUCUGGCUGUUGAUAGCUAUGCAUAUUUUGUGUCUUUUUAAAACAAAGCGGGAGAAUACGUUUUUGAAGAAGAGAAUUUUUAGAACAGUUUGAUAACGCAAAUUAUUUUUUCCUCAAUUGUUUGAGCAGCAUUCAAGUUUUGAAAAUUCUUGUAGAAGCCAAUUUUUUGUAACUGUGGUGCAAAUCUUGUGUUUUCUUAGCCUAAUGAAAAGUAGUAUAGAAGCAAUAUUUCAUACAUUGUGCUAUAUAUA